AACGGAUCACCGGGAGUCCGUUUCGCCGUUCUAGAUAUAUACAUCACCUUUUUGUUUGCGUACAUAGGUACGCUCGUUUGACAGUUACAAGGGGCAUGUACAUUUGAAAAUCAAACGCGACGGACUUAAUGGCCGCGUGAGGGAGUCGCGUUUGGGUCGUCCGGCUUGCGCCUCAGCGUUUCAGCGCGCGUACGUUUCACGACGUCGCGCGUUUUCGACCGCUUCGUCCUGGUCCUCUCCACCCGUCGACUUCUUAUGCCGUUAUCCUGCCGCUAAUCUAGGAUAAUCAAUCAUGGAACAGGACACGGAGUAUAUGAAAUUGCCUCUGGAAGAGCGCCUUUCGCACAAGUCCUGGCGAGCACGUUUGCAUGGGUACGAGGAGUGCGUGAAGACAUUCCAGUGUAUGGACGAUGAGAAGUCACCGGAGUGGAACAAGUACUUGGGCCUCAUCAAGAAGUUCGUGGGGGACAGUAAUGCGGCCGCGCAGGAGAAGGGCCUGGAGGCGACCCUGGCUUACGUGGAGAACGCCGCGGUCGCCAGCAAGAUAGUCGGUGAGGUGAUGAACGGCAUCGUGUCCAAGUGCAUCGCCGCGCCUAAGGCCAAGACGAAGGAGGUGGCUGUGCAGAUCACGCUGAUGUACGUCGAGAUCGAGAAACACGAGGCGGUGCAGGAGGAGCUGCUGAAGGGCACCGAGGCGAAGAAUCCGAAAAUUGUUUCGGCGUGCAUCGCCACCUUGACGCUGGCGCUCAAGGAGUUUGGACCCAAGGUGAUCAGUAUGAAGCCGCUGAUGAAGAAGAUAGCGAACUUCCUGGAAGACAGGGACAAGAUGGUGCGGGAGGAAGGCAAGGCUAUGGUAGUGGAGAUGUAUCGAUGGGUGGGCGAUCGCCUGAAGCAACAGUUGAACACAUUGAAGCCGGUGCACAUCGCGGAGCUGGAGGCGGAGUUCAGUAAUCUCGGCGAUGAGAAAGUGGUGCCUACGCGCUAUCUGCGCUCUCAGAAACCGAAGAAUGUGGGCAACGGUGGCGAGCCAGUCGCGGCGAGCGAUAAUGGCGAGGACGACAACGAAGACGCGGACGGUGUCUCGAUUCCGGACGUCGAUCCGUACGAGUUAUUAGCGCCUGUGGACAUCCUGUCCAAAAUGCCGAAGGAUUUCUAUGAGAAAAUCGAGGCGAAGAAGUGGCAGGAGCGGAAGGAGGCGCUGGAGGCGCUCGAAACGCUCGUCAAGAAUCCGAAACUGGAGAGCGGCGACUACGGUGACGUAGUGAGGGUCUUGAAGAAAAUUAUCUCGAAAGACACGAACGUGCUGGUGGUCACGCUGGCGGGAAAGUGUCUGGCCGGUCUGGCCGCGGGUCUGAAGAAAAGAUUUCAAUCCUAUGCCUCCGCCUGUUUGCCCGCCAUUCUGGAGAAGUUUCGCGAGAAGAAGCAGACAGUGGUACAGACAUUGCGGGAGGCUGCCGAUGCCAUUUACCUGAGCGUAAGCAUCGAUCUCAUCCUCGAGGACACUGUAGCCGCCUUGGAGAACAAAAAUCCGGCGGUGAAGGCCGAGACGGCCGCAUACCUGGCUCGAUGUUUCGCGCACACGCCACCUGCGAAUCUCAACAAGAAGCUGCUGAAAUCUUACACCGGCGCGUUGCUGAAGACGCUCAACGAGUCGGAUCCAACGGUACGCGACAAUUCAGCGGAAGCGCUCGGCACCGCGAUGAAGCUGAUCGGCGAGAAGGCGAUGAUGCCGUUCCUGACGGAUAUCGACAAUCUAAAAAUGACGAAGAUCAAAGAGUGCGCCGACAAGGCGGUGAUACUCGUCAAAGUGACGAGCGGUACGAAGAAGCAGGAACGGCCCAACACCGCUCCGGCCAAGGUGGAGUCGCAGCGGGCGAACAAGGCGAGCAAGGAGAAGAGCGGCAAGUCGAGUACCGCGAAGAGACCCAACACCGGUAUCGCGAUGGGCAAGAAGUCAGCGUCGAAGAAACCCGGCGGUGCCUCGUCCCUCACGAAUAUGGCGCCGAAGAAAGCAGUUCAGAUGGAGAAGAAUUACAGUUCGGAGGAGAUCGAGGAGAUGGCGGCUGAGCUUUUGCCAGCCGAAAUAAUCGCCGGUCUCGUGGACAGCAAUUGGAAAACGCGUCUGGCGGCGGUCACGCAAUUGUCGGACACCGUCAAGGCAAUGGAUUCGGCGGAGGUGCCGACCCAGGUGAUCGUACGGACCUUGGCGAGGAAGCCUGGCUUCAAGGACACAAAUUUUCAAGUGCUGAAACUACGCGUAGAGAUUGUGAAGUACCUGGCGGAAAAUCAUCCCUUCACAGCCACCGUGGCCGAGUACUGUCUCAUGGACAUCGCGGAAAAGUUGGCGGACGCGAAGAACAGUUCGAUCGCUGUCGAUACUCUGCUGGCGAUCGCCCAGGCUACGAGCUUCGAAUAUAUAGCAGACGAGAUAAUGGCAUUUGCGUUUAAUCAGAAGAAUCCUAAGGUGCAGCAGGAGACACUGCUGUGGCUGUGCCGGGGACUCACGGAGUUCGGUUACGAUCUCAAUGUCAAGUCUAUCAUGGAGAAUAUCAAGAAGGGAGUAGCCGCGACGAAUCCUGGCGUGCGUACCGCCGCAAUAACCUUGCUAGGUACUUUGUAUCUUUACAUGGGCAAACCGCUGCUGGCGUUCUUUGAUAACGAGAAACCCGCGCUACGGCAGCAAAUCGAGCAGGAGUGCGAGAAGCGCAGCGGCGAGACGCCACCGGUGCCCAUUCGUGGCGCCAAGACCAAGAAGAUCAACACUAUUAACGCCGAGGAUGAAGAAGAGGACAUGGAGGAGAAAGCUGGGGGCAGCGAACCGGAUCUCAAUGAACUGGUUCCGCGAGUUGAUAUCAACUCCCAGAUCACCGAAGCGCUGCUGGCCGAAUUGGCCGAUAAGAACUGGAAAGUGCGUAAUGAAGCGUUGCAGAAGGUGAACACUCUACUCGGCGAGGUCAAGUUUAUUAAACCGACCAUCGGCGAUCUGCCGCAGGGAUUGGCCCAGCGUCUCGUCGACAGCAACAGCAAGAUUGCACAAGCAACUCUAGGUAUCUGCGAGACAUUGGCGACGGCUAUUGGACCGCCGAUGAAACAGCACGUUCGCACUCUGUUCCCUGGAUUUUUGCAUUGUCUGGGCGACAGCAAAAACUGGAUCAGAACGGCUGCGAUCUCCUGCAUCAAUACAUGGGGAGAUCAGUGCGGUUAUAAAGAGUUCUUCGAUGGCGAGAUGAUAGGCGACGCAUUGAAGGCCGGCUCGCCGAUGUUGCGAUCCGAACUAUGGAGCUGGCUGGCGCAGAAAUUGCCCUCGAUCCCGGUGAAACAGAUUCCCAAGGAGGAGCUUUUCGUGUGCCUUCCCUACCUGUACGCUAAUCUAGAGGAUCGUAACUCGGACGUACGAAAAAACGCUCAGGAAGCUGUUCUCGGUUUCAUGAUUCAUCUCUCUUACGAAGUGAUGACCAGAAACACCGAAAAAUUGAAGCCGGGAUCGCGGACAGUGGUAAUAGCCGCACUGGACAAAGCUCGUCCUAGCUUACCUAUAAAGCCUUUGCCUAAGAAGGAACCGUCAGACGACAAUAUCCAGAAGGGCGGCGCGAAGGGUGCGAAAGUAGUGAAAGCGAUUAAAUCGAAGGGCGCGUCAUCGAAACCGAACAGUGCUCGCAAGAAAGAUGACGACGUAGAUACCAGUCCUCUGUUGGUGGUCAACAAUCUGAAGCAUCAGCGUGUGAUCGACGAGCAAAAGUUGAAAGUGCUCAAAUGGAACUUUACUACGCCCAGAGAAGAGUUCGUCGAGCUUCUGAAGGAUCUUAUGACCGCUGCGAACGUCAAUAAGACUUUGAGAGCGAACAUGUUUCAUUCCGAUUUUCGAUACCAUCUAAAGGCGAUCGAAACACUUACCGAGGAUCUUCCUGGAAAUAGCAAAGCGUUAGUGUCUAAUCUGGAUCUCAUUCUCAAGUGGUUGACAUUGCGAUUUUUCGAUACUAAUCCGUCGGUGCUUCUAAAAGGACUGGAUUACUUACAACUGGUCUUUAAUAUGCUAAUUGAAGACCAGUAUCACAUGUUGGAGACCGAGGCGGCGUCGUUUAUACCCUACCUCAUUAUCAAAAUAGGCGACCCGAAGGAUGCUGUGCGCAAUGGCGUGCGAGCUUUAUUCAAGCAAAUAGCUCUUGUGUAUCCCGUGAGCAAAUUAUUCUCGUACGUAAUGGAGGGUUUGAAGUCGAAGAAUGCCCGACAGCGAACAGAAUGCCUGGAUCAAUUGGGAUCGCUGAUUGAGAAUUACGGGGUUGCGGUUUGCCAGCCUAGCCCAUCCGCGGCGUUGAAGGAAGUUGCGAAGCAAAUAGCGGAUCGCGACAACUCCGUUCGUAAUGCCGCGCUGAACUGCAUCGUCCAGGCCUACUUCCUUCAAGGGGAACGUGUAUUUAAGCUCAUCGGCCAGAUAUCGGAGAAAGACAAGUCCCUGUUGGACGAACGGAUCAAGAGGGCAGCGAAGAAUCGUCCCACAAAAUCGGCAUCCGCCACCAGACUCUCCACGCCUGCGGUCGCAACUUCCAGCCCGCCGACUGAUGACAUGGAGGCGGAUUACGAGGAGGAACCGGAAGAGAUUGCCGAGCCAAUGGAGACAGUACUAGAGCUGGCAUGUGCCACGGGCACUACUGACAAUAAUGAGGACGAGCAAGUGCCUUCCGUGGACAUUAAGUCCGCGUCUCCUUCAAAACCGGACCAGGAAAUUGUCAACGAUCACGAUACGCAAAAUCAUCUUUCCGGUCGAGAUAAUUCGAAAACGAAUUCUCCUACAUCGUUGCAAGCAAAGGUCCCUUCAGGUCCCUUUGGACUAGACAUGGAGUUCCUGCAGAGGCUCGAACUGAGUGCCCCAGUGAAGUAUCGUAAUCCGAUAUUAGCGGAACCCAGCUUAUCAGAUUUGAACGAGCCUCCAGUUAACAUGUUAAACCCACCGAAGACACAAAUGAUACCGAUUUCACCACCGAAAUUGUUAGUGUCAAAAUUAUCAUCCGCUGUAUCACCUCCUGCUGCUAGCAGUAAAGAUGACACACUCGAGCGUAACAUCUUGUCGAUGGCCAGUAUGGAUUUGCCCACUGCAAUACAGUCCAUGAAUGCAAUAGAAAACUUAUUAAAAUCUCAUCAAGCGGUCACCUUGCAAUCCAAGGAGGACAAAUUCAUCGGAUCGAUAAACAUGCAACUGAAGUUAUUGCAAACGUAUCCAUUACGACAGGAAAACGCGGACGUAUCUAGGGGCUUCAGAAAUACAUUCCUGGUUAUUCUCGUGUUUUAUGACACUGGAUUUCUCGGGAAGAAUGUCCCUUUCAUACAUUUGAAGGAAUUGGUAGAUCAGAUGAUCAGUUUGUUGGCCGAAAACAAGUUGGAGCAUUUGCAUCAAGCUGGAGCGUAUUACAGGGUGAUCAAUAACAUCAUGGUGAAAAUUAUUGACAACUCUAAUCACACCACCAUCAUAUGUGUAUUGAUCAAACUACUUCAUUCCUGCGCUGAAUCAAAUGUUCCCUCGAAAUAUGAGGAGUUGGUGAUGAAAUGUUUGUGGAAAAUAGUGAAAACAAUGUCGAAUUGGGCCGCUGAUUUGGAUUACGAUACAAUACUCUUGGAAGUGCACCGUUUCCUUAAGGAUUAUCCUACUACAUGGUGGAAGAAACGGAAGUCCGAUACUCCGCUACGAACAGUCAAGACGGUUCUUCACAGUAUGACCAGGGUGAAAGGCAGUUCGAUACUUAAUCACAUGACGCUAAUAAACAACACGAAUGAAUCUGAAUUACACGCUUACUUAAUAAGAUUAAUUGCGAGUUUGAAGCCAGAUGAGAUUAAUGCAGCGAAAGUGACACCAAAAACGAAUAAUGUGGGGAGGACGCCAAAACACUUGUCCAAGUCCACUCGUCAGCAGUUGGCGGAAAUAUUCAAGAAAAUUGGAUCAAAAGAGCACAUGCAAGAGGGCCUAGUGCAAUUAUACGAUUUCAAACUUCAAUAUCCGGAGGCUGACGUACAACCGUUUCUGGUGAAGUCCCAUCAAUUUUUCCAAGAUUUCAUAGAACAGGGACUGAGGGAGAUCGAUCAGGCGCGAAAAAACCAGAACAUUUUGUCGCAGGCUAAUAACCAAUACUCUACGGAAGCCACCGAGUCUUCGGCCGCGGUUGCUGACGAGAAGGACCUGAUGGAUCCAAUGUACAGGCUCGAGAAACUCCGAGCUCUGGAAGCACAAUGUAGAACUUCCUCUCAACCGAACCCACCCUGAUCCAACACAAGUAUAUAUUAUUAAUUAGGUAAGCGGAACACGAUACAUAUAUACAUGUAUGUGUAAGAUGAUGCAUAUUUGUCCGACUUAUUUAUUCGCGUCUCUAUUUCAAAAUGUUCAAUCCCAUGGCGUUCUUCGACUGAUUUUUCCCAUUAACCGUCGUUCUUGCGCUUGACGCGUACGAAUUUCCGGAUUUCGCGAGGUUACAGUCAGAUUACUUGCUCUCGGUAAAUUAGUUUGAAUUGAUUUGCACAGUUAGCAGAAGACUUUUUAGCGACCGCGAAUCGUAGGAAAUAAUAAUAUAGCUGCGCCAUCGGAUAUCACGCGCCACAUCGAAUAUCGAUGUAUCAUAACGAUCCUGCGUUCUAACUGUAGCAGUGUGUUAUGUUUUCCACGAUGUAACGACGAUGCGUGCAUGCUAAUGACGUUUUGUUUCUUCCACAGCAGUUAUGUAUAGUUAAUAAAUAAUGUUACUAAUUAUGUAAGGCCAAGCAUAUAUAAUGGUACAUGUAUGUAUAAAUAUACGAAACUUGCACGAGCGUCACUCAUGUCGUAGCAUGAUUUGAUUUUACAUUGUUUAACUUAGUAUUUUUUUUACGCUAUUUUCUAAAUAAAUUUAUUCCAUUUGAACUUGAUUAGAUUCACAAUCAUCAUCAUAUCGUCGUUGUUUUCGCAAAAUUCCUUCCCAUUUUUGCAAAGAAAAGAGAACAUUAGUAUGUUAUGUCAUUAAGUAUAUCAUCUGAACUGUCAUAUCAUUCAAUUUCUGAAAAAAGUUGCACUUGAAAAGAAAAAAAAAUACGAAUGGGCAGACGAUGUAUGGAUCGAUAUAAUCUAGCGCGAUGUAUGUACAAUGUGAUGAAUUAUUAAUCUUAGCAAUAUGAUUUUUUUAUUCUUCCUACGUAAAAAAUGUUGCUGUAUAAUUAAUGACAAAAUAUUAAAAGAUCUUACACGAUUCCUUUUGUGUGUUACAAAUCUUUUAAUAUUUUUAAUUUAAAUAUCAAGAGAUUAUAUAGAUACCAUACAAUUCAAAAAGAUUUGAUGCCUGUUAAAGGCUUAAGUAUCAGAGAUAUAGAUAUUUCUUUCUUUCACACAAGUCUUUUUAUAUGGAAGAUAAAGACAGAAGGCUUCGCGGAGACAACAGCGAUCUGAACUAUUUAUUAAGACGCAAAACUGUCAUACCCCAGUUAGUAUUUAUGGAUAGAAUCGAAAAAUAAGUAGUAAAGAUAAUAGUUAGCAAUCAACAUCGAUACCUCGAUGUUUAUUACUCGAUAUAAUAAAAAAAGGCGACGUUGAGCUGUAAAAAUCUCAUAACUCAAAAACAUCCAGAUUUCAAGUUUCAAAGUCUUUCAGAUUAAAAAGGAUGAUGUCUUUUUGAGACAUACGAAUUCUAAUGUUGAUAAUUUUUCUUCGAAAAAUUGCUUUGUCGUUGUUUUGAAAAAUGUUGAUUUAGAAAACUGGCGUGAUUUGAUAUCAGUUAUGAAUAAAAUAAUUAAAUCUCACAAAAAUUAUAGCGUUUGCAAAAAUUAAUCAAUCGCGCGAUUAUUACAAAAAUUAAACUUUUCGCCACAAAUUAUAAAUCGUAUUGAUUACUGUACCACAAACAGAACGCGUACACCACACAAUUGCAAAAAGAAUUACGAUUGUCAAUAAGAUUACAAUUAUUUUUCCGCUUGUUUACGAAUAAGCGUCAGGUAUUACGAAAUUUUUGAGUUACGAGAUUUUUGUGGCUCGACGAAGUGAAAAGCGUAUUCACCUUUCUAUUAUCGGUGCGGAGAAGAAAUAACGAAGAACAUACGGGGAUCGUAGCUAACAAUAUAUUUAAAAAAA